CACCAGUUAGUUCCUCAAUUUUAACCGUGCCACGAAGUGCUUUAAGCAGCUGUUACUUUUAUCUGAAGUAGUUUCUUUUCAAUGUCACACUAAUUUUGGUGUGUGUUUUUUAAAUAAUAGGAAGUCUACAUGAAGAAAUUUUCUCUUGUAUUCAUUGAAAAUUAACACAGUACGGCUCCAAGACCAAUUCUCUCUGGUUCCCAUCUGUACACCAGGGAAGUAAAAAAUAUGGGAUGUAUAAAGUCAAAGAACUUCUCGGAAGAACCAAAAGAAUUGAAGGAAAACCGAGUACGUAAUUCUGAACCAACUAUUUAUGUGAGAGAUCCAACAUCCAAUAUACACAUGCCAAAUUCAAAGAAGGAUUCUCAUCUAUUGCCUGGCCAAAAGUUUCUGAAAUUUGAAGAGACUGAUGGCAAAGUUGUCAUUGCCUUGUAUCCAUACGAUGGAAACCAUGAUGAUGACCUGAGUUUCAAAAAAGGUGAAAAGCUAAAAGUGAUUGAAGAGCAUGGUGAAUGGUGGAAAGCCAAGUCUCUAGCAACUAGGAAAGAAGGGUUUAUUCCAAGUAAUUAUGUAGCAGCGGUCAACACACUGGAAACUGAAGAGUGGUUCUUUAAAGAUAUCAACCGCAAAGAUUCAGAGAGACAGUUACUAGCACCUGGAAAUAAACCUGGUUCGUUCCUCAUUAGGGAGAGUGAAACAUCAAAAGGUAGCUACUCGCUGUCGAUGAGAGAUUUUGACCCUGAAAUGGGUGACUUGGUUAAACACUACAAGAUUCGAUGUUUGGACAGUGGAGGGUUUUACAUUUCUCCUAGAAUUAUGUUUACUGACCUGAAUGAGCUAAUUAAACAUUACCAAAAACAGGCCGACGGUCUGUGCCGAAAGCUUGGAUCGUCCUGUCUUAGCCAAAAACCACAAAAACCGUGGGAUAAAGAUGCUUGGGAGAUUCCGCGAGAAUCUGUGAAGCUGGUUAAGAAACUUGGGGCUGGACAGUUUGGAGAAGUAUGGAUGGGUUAUUAUAACAAUACUACAAAGGUAGCUGUCAAAAAUUUGAAACCAGGCACUAUGUCAGUGGAAGCCUUCCUCGAAGAAGCUAACCUCAUGAAAAAGCUCUUACAUGAUCGACUGGUGCGGCUCUAUGCAGUGGUGACCAAAGGAGAUCCGAUUUACAUUAUCGCUGAAUAUAUGAGCAAAGGCAGUUUACUAGAUUUCCUGAAAACCGAUGAAGGACGAAGACUGGUGUUACCAAAGAUGAUUGAUUUCUCAGCACAGAUUGCAGAGGGAAUGGCCUACAUUGAAAGAAAAAAUUACAUCCAUCGAGAUCUUAGAGCAGCUAAUGUUUUGGUGUCAGAUAACCUGAUGUGCAAAAUUGCUGAUUUUGGCCUUGCUCGAAUAAUUGAAGAUAAUGAGUAUACAGCAAAAGAAGGGGCUAAAUUUCCAAUUAAAUGGACUGCACCGGAAGCUAUAAGCUAUGGAUCAUUCACAAUUAAAUCAGAUGUGUGGUCAUUUGGAAUACUCUUGUAUGAAAUAAUCACUUAUGGAAAAAUUCCAUACCCAGGCAUGUCCAACACGGAAGUUGUAAAUGCUAUUGGGCGCGGUUAUCGUAUGCCACGGCCUGAGGAAUGUCCCCAGGAGCUUUAUGAUGUCAUGAAAGAUUGUUGGAAAAGCAGUGCUGAAAAUCGUCCAACAUUUGAAUACCUGAAAGGACUGCUUGAAGACUUUUACACUGCCACAGAGGGGCAAUACCAGCAACAGCCAUAGAAGAACUUUCAAAACAGAAUAUCAAAUUGACAGAUUCAAUGUUUUGGACAAACCUGAUCUGUGGAAGGCAGUCUUCCACUUGAUGGCCAUCAAAUCUCUAUAUUACAAUUCCAUGUGAGGAACCCACAUGGAUAAUUUCAAGGAUCCCAUGGCAUUAUUUUGGAGAGAAGCAGAGACGUUAUCCAAUGUCCCUCGCCUCUAAAUCCAUCCACCUGGUUGUUACCAACUUGUUCUUUCAUGGGCACUUGCUGUGCACAAGUUCACUCCUGUAGUUACUGCAAUAGCGACUAUGUUUCAAAAGUAAUAUGUUGAUCGUAAAAGGUUUAGGGACUUCCUGAAAUUGAAAAUAGCACUAUGUAUAUACCUUUUUUUUUACUCCUUAAAUAACUAGAACUUUUGGUAACGCCAAGGUAACAACACAGCAGCCACUUCCACUAUCCCUUCUGUGUAGUAAUCAAUCUGAGCUGGUAUGAAGGCUGACUGCUCGUUGGGUCACUGCAUUGAAGCACAAGAUUCAUCAACAUGUUCUGUAGUUCAUUUAGUAAAAUAAUAUAGUAGUGAAUAAUUUUCCAUUGUGAGAUGGCUCGAUGUGGAUGAGGGUCUGGUAAACUAGAAGGGAAUGAUAUUUGACCCGAAUCACUACACAGCCCGCAAAAUGAUGCCCAUGUGACAUUUCGAAGAAAUAGUGAAGUCCGGCAGUUGUCUCAAAAUUGGAUGAGUCAAAGCUAGAUGAGUGAAAUAUGUCAGCUACAUGUGACACUCGACUACUUUUAACUGCACAGGAUGUUUGAUGGAUCAUUAUUCACAGCAGCUGCUGCACAACGUCAGUUGGGAUGCCUUUCCAAUUCAGGAAAUUAAUAAAUAUACUUUAAUAAAGAACUGAUAUGAUAGAUAUGUUUUCAUAGAGAUCACAUUAACACCGUAUCUAGAUUUAAUCAAUUAUUAGUAGAUAAGCCAUUUUGCAGAUUAUUCAGGUAUAUUUCAGGAGUGGUCCAUGAGUUACUGUCUGUGAUUCUAUUCAUUUAUAGUUUGGAUGUCCAUAUAAAUCAAAAAACUAUUUUUAAUUACACAACGUGUUUUGUAAUAUUCCACAAAGACUUUAAUUUAAUCAGUGUCUUAACACUGAUGUGUAAUACUGACUAAAUGAGCAGGUGGUUUACCCGAGUUGUGACAUUUUAAACAAGAGAUAUCGAAAGUUUGUUUCAUUGAAAUGAAAAUGCUUAUUUUUCCACAUGCCACACAUUUAUGAAAGGAAUAGUUUAAGAAUAUCAUGUUUUUAAUUGUUUGAUGAGCAAAGCACAAUGUACAGGCAUGAAUAGCAACCAAAUCCACAACCUAAUAACUUUUGGGGGAAAUGAAAUCAGGUUGAUUACAAGUACAAAUGGUGAAAUGCAAAUGCAUCACUUUUUAAAAUGUUGUAUUAUUCACUAAAUUCAUCUGCCCCUGCUACUAAUGAUUCCCAUCAAUGUUAAUAUAUGUAAACUUUAGAAUAAAAAUCACUUCUUGGAAUGUAAAAACCAGCUCAACAUUUCAAACUAAUCUGUUCAGAUCUGUUGCAAUACAUUGUAAACUUUUAAUGCCAAGUUGGACGAAGAACUGUUCAAAUAAUCUGUUGAGUGCUUCAUUAUGUAAAUAUCUGCGGUAAGAUGAAUCAUGAAACAAAUGUGCAAUUUGUUCAAUCCAGUGAAUUUCCAGAAGUAAAGUGCCAGCUGCUACUGCUUUUAUAUAAAAAGAGAAUGCUCCCUUUCUUUCUCCAGAUGAACAGAAAUACCAAUCACACGUGUAUCUUGUAUGGUAGAAGACAUUUAUGCAAACUGUAAACCCGUGUAUCCUAUUUUGUAAAUGUGCAAUAGUUGCUUUUUUGUUUUUCCUUGCCCUAACUGUUUGAGCACAAAAAAACCCAGUAAAUUAUAAAUUUGUAACAUGAAUAGAAUAAAGGCAUCUGUUGCCCAAAUAUUUUCAAUAUAA